ACAAGGUAUAGAAAAACUUCUUUGAAGUAGGUAUAAGCAUGCGAAGAUCGGAAUAGAAAAGUCUGGCCGAGUUGAUUGGAAAGUUCAGAAGUCGAUUACUGGUGAAUAUAUGGCUGAAACAGAAGACAUACUAUCACAACGACAGCUACUACAGCUUGAAUAAAGACUACUUACAAUUGAUAUCUACGCAUAACGUCUCAUAGUUCACCAUUAGACAUAUCUACACAACUUGGGAUUUCUGAAUUUGAUUUUCAUUUGAAUUCCAUACUUGACUAAAUUUACAGGAUGGAAUCUGAGAGCUUUGACAGUAUGGAUUCUAGUAUAUCCAGCAGUUCCAAGGUAGGCGGCUCACCAUCACCCGGGGAGCAUGUUAAGCGGCCAAUGAAUGCCUUCAUGGUGUGGUCCCGUGGCCAACGUCGUAAAAUGGCGCAAGAAAAUCCAAAGAUGCACAACAGCGAGAUCUCGAAACGCCUUGGAGCAGAUUGGAAGCUUCUUACGGAAGAAGAGAAGCGACCAUUUAUUGACGAAGCAAAAAGACUCCGAGCUCUUCACAUGAAGGAACAUCCCGACUAUAAAUACAGACCACGUCGUAAACCUAAAUCGUUACUUAAAAAAGACAAAUAUGCCUUCCCGAUACCUGUUAUCCCCGGGAUGAAUGCAUUGGGAGGUAUGUCCCCAUUUUCUGUGCCUAUAUCCAUGCCAAGCAGUAUGUCAAUGAGCGACACAAUGAGCGCGUACUCUCUGAGUCUAGCAGCUGCAGCAGCCAAUGAAAAAGCCCGAUCCAUCUACCCCCCAAGCCCCGCCGCCCAUUCACUUUACCCACACUAUGAAGCCACAGGAAAAUCUGAAACAAAAUCUGAUAUCUCCCCUGCAGGGAUGUAUACUCCAUAUCCAUACCCUCCCACUAGUUUAGCCUCAUUGAUGAGUGGUAGCACCCCAGGCGCGGGAACAACAGGACCCCCUGCAGCUCAUUCUCACUCUGGCCAUUUCCCAGGUUACAUGGUCCCAUGCUGUCCCCCAUAUGUACCCUCCCAGGACCUCCACAGACCAGUCGCUUACGUGCUCGUCAAGCCUGAGGAUCAUUAUCGUCACCCGAUACCUGGAGCCGUCAUGUGA